AUGCCCUCGCUCACGCCCACCAAAUCAAUGCUACCCAAGCGACCUCAGCUAGGCAAGAUCCGCUCGUGGUCAGCCGGCCUCAGUUCCAUGCUCUCUUCCUCUACCCCCUCCGAGGAAGACGACAUCUCGUUCCAAGUCGAACAACGCAAAAAAGGCAUCGAGUCGCUUUACACUUCCACCGAAGCCUACUGGUCCUAUCUCGGAAAGAAGAAGCCCAUCCCUUUCGACGCCUCCUCCCUUUCCGUCUCUGAAAAUUCUGCCACCAAUGGCGCCAAAUCAGAGAGCAAAGUCUUACCCGUCGAAGCACUCGGUUUGGCCAUGGGUUGUUACGCUACCGCCUUUCCAUCAGACUCGACCUACGGCUCCUGUCUCGGUCUGUUGGGAGACGCUCACAUUCAACUCGCAAACCUUCAAUCAACAUUCACAAAAGAUACCUCGCACAUCUUCCUCGCGCGCAUCGCACGAUCCAAAGCCAUACUCGAUAGCUUCACUGCUGCUCUAAAGAAACUCGAUCUUGUCACCGCUCGGCUUGAAUCGGCCCAGACCAAAGUGCAGAAGAGCAAAAAGGAGAAGCGCGAGUUGGAGGAGGAGCUCAGACAGGCCAAAGCAGCCUACGAUGAGGCAGUCAUGGAUGUUGAGGCGAGGGGAGGUGCGGUUCAAGACUCAGAAGCCGAGGAUUGGCUGUGUCUGACAGAUUAUAUGCAGGCACAGCUGGACUAUCUCGGCCAAGCACAAGCGGUGAUGGAGCACGUGAAAGCGGCUUGGAGCGCGCCGCCGACUGGAUCCGAGACACCAAGUACAAGACCAAGGUCGUUGUCUCAGCCAAAGAAUCGGCCGUCGAUCUCACGUCAAUCAACAGCGAAAGAUGCGACUGAAGUAACGCCAAAUCGGUUCGCAUCGCCCUCGUCACUCAGCUUGUCCAAUAGCGAUCGACCAUCAACGGAGGAGUCGACCAAAGAGAAAAGACGGCUUCGCAUGCCAUCCUUUACCACCGGCAGUAAAGCGAGUGAAGCGGUAGCCUCGGUCACUUGCUCGUUCGGCCGUGCUCGAGGAUCCGCUUUCUUCGGCGCGUCGGGCGAGACGAGUCCGGAAAAGGACAGCAAGUGGAACUUUAUGCGUAAGAAAGAACCAGGUUUCAUGUCGAUGGAUCAACCUGAAAGUCAACCAUCACCAGCGCUACCCACCAGACGUAAUGUGAGUGCGACCGAUGUAAGUCUCGGUGCACUAGAGAGUCAUGAUCAGCCAGAUAUAUGCUACGGGCUCGUAGACGACAUCGAAGUGGGCAUGUUGCACCACCGAGCUUCGCCGUUUUCUCCCGGUACUAGCAGCGAGGGCUUCCUAUCUGGUACUCACGAAACCAUUCACGAGCGGGGCGAGUCGCAGUUAAGCGCCGAAAUGCACGGUCUUGACCACGGAUUUCUCUGUACGGCGCCGGUCGGGCUCCAAUACACGGGACUGUCGGCGUACAGCGAGGGUGCGGAUCCAUUCGGCGGCGGUGGCGCGCCCGUGCUUUCGCCGCAGCAGACCGGGUACGCAACAGACGACGACGACGAAGUCGAGCGCCAAGGCCUCACGCGUAAUGCAACGGCGAGCAAAGCGCAAGCCGGUUGGAGAAACGUUCUCAACGGGACCCUAUUGGCCGCAAACGCCAAUAGCGAUAAAUCGUCAAAAGCUCGUUUACCACCACCCGUGCCAUCUAGUGCAGCGUACUUGUCGAAAAGCAAAGCAAGGCCUCCGCCUCCCCCGCCACUUCCGUCACGAAACAGCUCGUGA